UUCCCGACAGCUCCGGGGUUUAACUUGGUCAUUGCUUGAAUUUCCGUCAGGUGGUCCAAACUAGCGCCAAAGUGGCGCUCUUGUCGAUUAAGCGAGCUGUGGCAUACGAAUACACCUUGUCCGCCAUCUUCCCUCCUGCAGCUUCCUGCAUGAAGUCUGUUACACAGGUCUCAUACAGUACUCCCGUUCAGCGACAUGGAACAGCCGUCCGCGAACCACCAGAAGGCAGCCGGAGCCGCAAAUGAGGAAAGCGAACUCGAAAGGCCAUUUCCUGGGACUCUGACGGGUGAAUACCAAGAUUAUGAUUUGUCUUCCAAUGAGACAUAUGACACAGACAAUGAUGGGUCCCAAUAUACAGCACCGUCUUCAACCGGUGACGUAGAUGACAGCGGCGACGGUAGUGAAGAAGUUCGUUAUCACGCAAUCGACCGCGAAGAGGAACGGAACAUAUAUGAACUGUUUGCUACAGAGGGUUUCUCCAGCGUGUCAGAUGAGUCUUCUUCGGUUCUCAUACACGGCUAUGGAUUUGCAAGCGCAAUUCUUGCUCAUGGAUACGCGAAACGUUGCCCAAGGGCAAACGUAGUUUGCCCUGCAGAAUUGUUCUUCAGCCUUGCGACGCAGGAACGACCCAAAAAUUGGAGGAACGAGGAUGAGUUUGAUGCGAGGGUAUUCGACAUAAUCCUUACCGCUUCACUGGGAGCCGAUGAGAAUCUCGAAGAGGAAAUUUUCGCUCUUAACCGUAAACUCUGCGCACAAGGGCAUAUCGAAGUGUGUGAGUUCGAGAUCGAUGGCAACAAUGCGACUGAAUGGGUUAAAGACCGAGAAAUGUGUCGGAGAAUGACAUUGGAUAUCACAUUCAAGGAGCACGGCUUUUGCAUCAAGUUGAACGCCAAGAUGGGAUCUGUGCCAUAUUCCAAUCUCGUUUACACUCCAAGUCGUCGGCUUCUCUUAUUCACAGAAUUCUCCUCUAAUAGAGACGAGAUCAGCUCCCAAUUGACGCAAGCGGAGGGUGUUUGCUUCAAAUUGACCCGUCGUCUUUUCAUAAAAUGCUUGCAAGAGCCAACUGGGAAGCGCUCAAGAUGCUGUGCGGAACAAGGCAACAUUGAUGACCCUUCACCAGAGCCCCAGAUGAAGAAAAGACGGCAAACGAGCCAUUAGAUCCCAGGGAUGUAAAUAUGGGGAUUGCCGUCGAUUAGGUCAAUGUUGGGUUGCGGGUGGGGGGUUUGACCUUUUUGGUAUUGAAACCAUAGGCAGCAUUGGGCGGUGUGCUUUGCAGUGAGUAAACUGAGGGAAUAAAUAGUGUUCUUGAUAAAUUGUCCAUUCAAUUUUCUUUCACUCUAUCAACCAUUACAGGAGCUAGUUGGACUGUCUGCUGGGCAAUUAAGGGUCGAGGCCUAAUCAGAUGAAGCCAAGCAGUGGGGGGAGACUGUAGGUACGUUGAACCGAAACACGAGGCACCCGUCGGAAC